CGCAACAACUCGAUAAGCUCCGGGUUCACUGACACGGUCCUUGCCGCAUAUCGCUGUUGGCGGCGCGGCCCUGCGACUUAUUGAAUUACGCCGUUUUAAAAAAAAAACGCGUCGUGUCGCUUUCCGGACAAACGCCGAAUUCAAACAUGGCCGCUUAGCGAAUUCGGGUGUUUGCUUGUCAAGGUGCGAGCAUCUCCACCGAGGAGCAAAGGGACUCGCACCGUGUCGGAGGGGCGCUAAAGCUAACCACGAUCACCCGCGGCAUCGGGCCUGCUAACAGCCGGAGAACGGCCCCCAACGCCGGCGCACUGAGCUGUCACGGACCGGCGACGACGGAGGCGGUGUUUACUAGCGCCACUAGCUCCACUAGCUCCACUAGCUCGGGUUACGUGAGCACAACCGUCCCCGGUUUCACGGCCACGGAGCGGCGGGUGCCCGGACAGGGUGGUGGUGUUGUUGUUUUUGUUGUUGUUGUUGUUGUUGUUGUUGUUGUUGUUGUCUUACCGCUUUUUUGGGUUUACAAUCGGUGUGCGGCGGUUGUCUCUCUACCGGAGGCUGAAGUAGCUGCGGAGGAGAAGAAGAAGAGGCAGCGGACUUCUGCGGACUGGCGGAUGGUAUAGUGUUUGAAUUUAGAUUCGCAAAGUGCAAGGAAGUUGCAUUCUGCCACUUUUGACACCUUGGUGCUGCGGCUGGCCUGGUGGCAUAAAACAAGCGCUCCCUAAAGUUGCCGGGAAACUUAGUUAGUAGCUGUGAGAUUAAAGGAUAAAAUCGUAGCCGAAUGACUGAGCAAGAAGCACAAAAACCGAUGAGGACUCACUAAUGGAAAUGGAUGAUAAUGGCCCACAGACCUCUGACUGUGAGACAAGAUGGUCACAGCAACUGUCAGGCCUUCCUCCGAAGCUCCUGCAGCGCCUCAUGCCUUUCCAAAGAGAGGGCGUGGAGUUUGCUUUGUCUAGGGACGGACGAUGCAUGAUUGCUGAUGAGAUGGGUCUCGGGAAGACGGUGCAGGCCAUCGCGGUGGCGUGCGCCUUCAGGCGGGAGUGGCCUCUGCUGGUGGUGGUGCCGUCGUCCCUGAAGUAUCCCUGGAUCGAGGAGCUGGAGAGGUGGAUCCCCGAGCUGCAGCCCGGAGACAUCAACCUGGUGGAGAACAAGAGCCACACCAUGGGUAUCAGCAGCAGUAAGGUGACCGUGUUGGGCUAUGGGCUGCUCACCACGGACUCGCGUGCCCUGGUGGAGGCUCUGACCCGGCAGCGGUUCGACAUGGUCGUGGUGGACGAGUCUCACUACCUCAAGUCCAGGAAUGCGGCACGGACCAAGAUUCUGGUUCCUCUCAUCCAGAGCGCCAAGCGGUUGAUCCUGCUCACCGGGACGCCGGCUCUGGGUCGACCCGAAGAGCUGUUCAUGCAGAUCGAUGCCCUCUAUCCAAAGAGCUUCGGAACCUGGACUGACUUCGCCAAGAAGUUCUGCAAUGCCCAAUACAGGUUCUUUGGGCGUCGCAGACAGUGGGACUGUCGCGGCGCGUCCAACCUGGCGGAGCUGCACCAGCGGCUGAGCCGGAUCAUGAUCCGCCGUCUCAAGGCGGAGGUGCUCACUCAGCUGCCCCCCAAAAUCCGCCAGCGCAUCCCCUUCGACCUGCCCAAGGAGGCUGCAAAGGAGGCCUCAGCCAGCUUCGCCCGGUGGGAGAGACUGAUGAAGGGACUGGAUUCGGGGGUCGUCACCACGGACAACCCCUUCACCGAGGUCAUGGGGCUCGUCACACAGAUGUACAAGCAAACUGCUAUAGCCAAGGCGGGAGCUGUGAAGGACUACAUUAAGAUGAUGUUGGAGGCGGAGCAGCUGAAGUUCCUGGUGUUCGCCCACCACCUCACCAUGCUGCAGGCCUGCACCGAAGCCGUCAUCGAGGCCAAGGUCGGUUACAUCCGCAUCGACGGCAGCGUCCCGUCCUCAGAAAGAAUCCAGUUGGUCAACAAGUUUCAGAGCGACCCGGAAACCCGAGUGGCCGUCCUCAGCAUUCAGGCUGCCGGCCAGGGUUUGACCUUGACCGCCGCCAGCCACGUGGUGUUCGCCGAGCUCUACUGGAACCCCGGUCACAUCAAGCAGGCGGAGGAUCGGGCGCACCGCAUCGGACAGACGUCCUCGGUCAACGUGCACUACCUCAUCGCCAAGGGCACCUUCGACACGGUCAUGUGGUCCAUGAUCAACAGGAAGGAAACGGUGACCGGCACCACUCUGAACGGGAGGAAGGAAUACCUGAAGGCCGACGAGGGGGACAAGGACAAGUGGGAGUUCCUCAACUUUGCCAACGCGUGGGAGCCAAGUGAGAUGGUGCUGCCGCCGCUGGAGGGGAAAAACUCAGGAUGUGACAAGGACGGCGUGUUCUUCACUCAAUUUGAGAAAGAGAAGCAGCACGACAUCCGUUCCUUCUUCUCCCCGAGUGCCAGCGUCAAGAAGAAGAGGAGGAGAACAGAAGAUGAAGAAACCUCCACAUCUCCAGAGACGACUGCAGCGCCGUCCGGCAGCGGGACAACCUCUGAGAAAAGGGAGGAGAAGCGAGGAAGGAAAACCUCCCCCGCACCCGUCCUGGACUUCUCCCUGCAGCCUAAGAGGCUGCGGACGCAACAGCUCAGCCCCAGCCCCAGGUCUCCAUUCAGGGGGAAGAGGAGGUCGGCGGCGGCCGGGGGCCUCGGCUCCGGCAGCCCACGCUCUCCGCUCUCCGUCAUGGCCCCGCGCAAGCUGUCGGAGCCCGGCCCUCCGGCGGAGACGUGGAGCUGUGGGGCAUGCACCUAUUCCAACAGCGGCCUGUUGCCUUACUGCGAGAUGUGCGAGUUCCCGCGCUCCUCGUCUACUCUCACGCCAGCUGAUUCAGAGCCACCUAGGCCUCGGCCACCCUCCUCCACCGAGGAGGACCAGACGUACAUCGUCCUCUCCCGCUCCGACAGCGAGCCCGAGCUCGGCCUGGGAGAAGCCCAGCCUCUGAAACCCUGCAAAGGCAAACACAGCGAGGAGGAGCCGCAGAAGGAGGAGAAGGAGGAAGGGGAGGAUGAGCCAUUGAAAGACAAACAGACACUAGGAGAAGCAGAGGAGGAGGACAAGCGGCGGCUCAAAGACCGCGGAGCUGCGGCGUGUUUGUCUUCUGCCGCCGAUGCUAAUGACGAUGAUGAGGACAAUGAUGGAGAUGACGGCAGCGGCACCCAUCCCGUCUACCCGGGCCUGCAGUUCUGCGCCAGCCAGUACACAGACCGAAUUUAUCUUUACUCCAAGGAUGGUUCUGCGUUGAACUUGAGCUUCAUCCCUCUGGACAUCAAACUAACCAGCUGGGACGACCUGCCCGAGGCCUUCACCCGGCGCCGGGAAAAUCGAAUGCAGGUGCUGAGGUGUGUGCAGGAGUGGAGCGGCCUGGCAGCCAUGAAGAAGAAGCUGCUCCGGCGCAGCGGCCUCCUCUUCCACAGCCCCACGCUCGGCCUGCAGCAGCUGGCCGCCGCCCAGCGCCCUCACUCCAGCACUAAGAGGUACCUGAGCAGAGAUGAAGUGGCCCAGGCCUCCCUGAGCAAGGUCCAGCAGGAGGGAGGCAGCGUCCGGCCGGUCAGGAAGGACGACUUCUUCACGAAGAGCCGCUCGGCCUCUUCGCCGACACCACCUGCCCCAGAGAGGACGGCCGAGGACACGUCCCGUGAGGCGGUGGAGGAUCCAGCAUCGUUACAGCCUGCGUAUCUGCAGGCUGUGGACAGUGAGGGCGUCCCCCUGUGUCUGUCCUGCCAGCAGGCCUGCUCCACCUCCGGCGGGGCCUGGGACACCCGAUUCUGUAGCCACAGGUGCCAGGAGGAGUUCCAGUUGCGAUCCAGCCAGACGUAUAUGCGCUCGCGUGUGCUGGAGGUGGAGCAAGGCGUGUGUCAGCAGUGCGGCCUCCACGCACACGCCCUGUUCCUGAAGGUCCGUGAUGCCCCGCCCCCCCAGCGCAAGGAGAUGCUGGAGAACACCUGGCUCGCCCAGCUGUCACUCAAACAGCUGAACGAGAUGAUCCGCGCCCCUGUGGAGGGGGACUUCUGGCAGGUGGACCACAUCCGGCCGGUCUACAGCGGAGGAGGCCAGUGCUUGCUGGACAACCUGCAGACGCUCUGCACCGUCUGCCACAGAGGCAGGACGGCGCUGCAAGCCAAGGAGCGCAGCGCGAUGAGGAAGAGCGCCGCAGCCGCCAAGGUUGCGUCAGACAUCACUUCACUUAUUCAGCCCGAGAGGUUUGCCGAAAACAAAUGGCCGCCCUCCCACCAGCACGCGCGAGAUGUCCAGAUGGUUUGAGUCUUCACUGGCGUCCUACUGCUGAAUUUCCCCAUUGUCUUUCCACGCUAAAAUUAGAAGACAGAAAGCAGAGUUCUGCCCGGUGACACGUCCCCACAGAUACAGGUAACAAA